AUGGAGCACGGCAGCGCGCGCGAGUUGCUCUGUGCGAGCGCUACGGACGCGGAUGCUGUGCGCCAUUAUUUAAAUUCCAUUGAGGCUGAUGAACUUAACAGCCUUUUGGAUGGUAUUACACCACGAGAUAUUAAGUGCGCAGCCAAAGGGAAGAAGAAAAGCGGAUUUCUCGUGCAGGAUGAUUGGCUACCGUUAGUACACUUGCUUGUGCAUUGUGAGACCACGAGGCUUCGUGCUGCCUCAAGAAUUAUUCAGGUUUUGCGUCGGGGUAGUCCCAGCGAGCUGGAGAGCAUGCAGCUGCUUACGGAGAUCAAUCUAGGCUACUCGAGCGCCCUCGACGAGCUACAAGAGCACAAAGUGAAAACGACUCAGCAUUUUGUUGGAAAGAAAAGGCUGCUGGACGAAAUUCAAGUGGUGCUAGACAUUGUGUUUAGCUAUUUAGAGGAGGUAAUUAGAGAUGCCAAGCCUAGUAAUGCGAAAGUUUUACCGCAGUUGCUAGGUCUUGUGCCUUUCUUUCUGGGAUUAAGCGACGAGAUCAAUCAUGAGGUCGAGACAAGUGAAUCCUUAGCAAGAUUGUUAGAGCUGCCGUGGAACUGUCAGACGGUGCCAAGUCUGUUAGAUGUACUGGUGGAAGAUAGUGCCUUGAUGUCGCAAGAGAGCUGGCAUAGACUUCAGGAAAAUGUAGCACGUAUGGUGACGACAUCACCUGAAAUGGCAGUUGAAUCGAUAAACCCUUUAAUUCGCGAGUGCAUGUCGGUGGCCAAUGUGACGCGUGAUCAUCAUUGGGUUGGCAUUGCGCGUUACUUAUUGCGACAACUGCCGGUGCAUCAUCGACAAGAGGCUGAAUUUAAUCUACAAAUGAGCUUUACUCAGUAUCCACGCAUAAUUUCUUUCUUGUGCGAGUCGAUUCGACGUAGUAAAGUGUCGGAGGAAGCUGAGAUGACGGACCCUGAAAAUGACUUACUGGACCUCAAGCCAGACUGGCGUGAUUUCUACCUCUUGCUUCAUUCGCUGCAAGCAUCUAAACCAAUUCUUCACCAUCGAACUUCAUCUUCUCGAGUCGCUACCGAGGCAUCCGUGUUCACAGACAUUGUACAGAUAGCAUGGUGGAUUGUUCAAAGUGAUUUUGUGGCAUAUACAAAAACUACUCUAAACGACCCCGUUUCGCGAACGGUAGAGAAGCAUGUUCAAGAAAGAGUUAAAUUUCUGCUGACUUUUGGUGGCAAGCAAAUGUACUCUCGAGAGUGGAAAUCCUUGUUGUUGAUGGAUAUUGCUCUCUUCUGGAUUGAGCAGAGCAACUCCGUCAAAGGCGACGACAAAUUGCAAACACAAAAGUUAAAGCUAUCUUUGCUUUUAUUGCAGACCGUUUUCGAGACGGCACCAGAGACGCGUGCUGAGGUCCUUUAUAACCUCUUCGAACGUUCUCAAAAGCCGUUGGAAAGAGAGAUUGCUGGAAAAACUCUCUUGCAUUUAUUUGAUUUGCAUUCGGACAAGCUUUUCCCACACCUCAAUGCUAUUCAAGAUUGGUUAAGUUUGCAGUUUAAUCAUUCGUUUGACACUGCCCGCGAGUUUUUUCUUAUCGUUUCGCGUUUGGUAACACUAUACAAAGAUUUGUUCAACUUUUUAAUGGUGUUUUUACGAAAGCUGCUGUCAGCUACCGACCGGACACAUCAACAGUUCGCUGUAGACAUAUGGUGUAUGUGGUUGGAUAAUCGACUGCCUUUUAAUGCGCAGCAAGAAGAAGAGAUCAUUUCGGCACUUAAAUCCAGCGUGACAGCAUGCCGUGAUAUUCAGGCGUGGUCUUUCGCCAGGUUGGAACAAAUGUUUCGGCGAAGUGGUAAUGGUCCAGAGAAGCCCGCGAUUUCGUUGCGAAAAAGCUCCUGGGAAGAGCUGCACCGAUUUCUGUCCCUACAGGUGAGCAAGUUUAUAGUGCCAACAGCUGUAGCGAUCACAAAAUACGGCGAUGGCAUGGAUUACAGGGACGAGCACGACGAUGAUGUGGGUCUGCUGCGAUUCCAAUUCAGCUCUCUUGAAGAAUUUUAUCGGCAGAAUACCAGCCUGGAUGGUGCGGCUUCAGUUGGAUUAACAUCCCAGAAAUUGCUAUCAUGCUUUAUCCAGUUUAACAAAGCUGCCUCUCACUCAAAAAUCCUACGUGACGGCUCACCAAUCGAGGAUUCCGAAGAGGCAGGUAGCGACAUCAAGCAAUGGCUCAUCGAUUUGGUUUCAAACACGAAAUACUUUUUCCACUGGAUUUGCCAAGAUUCUGACAGGGCUCUGACUCAGUUAGGAUGCGGCAAGUCUAACGAAAGAAGUACGUUGUGGAAGUUUGUUGCUCGUACUUAUAUCGGUUGUGGAGUUUGCAAUAUUGCGUUAGAAGUAUUGUUGUGGGAACAAACUCGUGAUGAUUUGAUUGAUCAAAGUAUUAGCGAGCCCAAUCCUGGUUCUAGCGAAAUUUCGAUUUGGUCAUUGAUGGAAGUCGUGUUUACAUUUCAUCGAAUGAUACAAAAAUUUUCGUUACAUCACGUGAACGAAAAGGGAUUUAAUCUUUCGAAGGAAAAUGUCAGGGCUCCUCUCCACUGUCUUGCAAAAGUGCUACAACAGCACGAGCUAGAACUUUUGACUGUUAUUAAAAACAUUCUUCAUGACGCACAUGCGACUAGAUCGCUACGACCUGGUAGAUCGCUACGACCUGGUAGACCGCACGGAUUGUCAUUUGAUGCUGCACUUUUCACCGUGGAUUCGUGUUGUAGCGCGCCGGAGAAUGAAGGCCCAUUUGGAAAUAUUUUUACUCGUGAUAAUGAUGGCUUUAGUGAGUUAAAGCAGAUUCUCGAGAUUCUGCUAUGCGUGUACAACUGUCUUCGUGAACAUGUUGUGUUACAGUCUAACUUGCCUGAUAUUGACGAUAUAGAUAUUUAUGUAAGUGAAAUACAUGGUGAAAGAGAUGAAUCAAUAUGCGGGAUGAAAUUUUCGUUAUAUGCAGAUUCUAUCUCGUCCAAAUUCCCGACCUCUGCGCGACAUCUUGUAGCUCCGGGCCGCAACGCAAAAAUGUUUGUGGUGCUGGAUUCAAAAGGAGGAGAAGAGAUGCUGGAGCACGUUUGCGGUGCAUUUGGACGUAUAUUUGAUGUGAUGAGCAGGGGCUUAAGCCUUCAUUCGUUACAAACUCAAGUUGAGGAAGUACUGAGCAAAUUAUCGUGGAGUGAACAGAGUUAUUGGCACACAAUACAAACAGAUGAAAAUAGCAGCAUAUUCGGCCGUUUAUCGCGCUUUUUUCUGAAUGAUGUUAGCGAAUGCAUUCGGAGAAACAAAUGUGCAAAGCUUGGCGUGUCGUGCGCGUCGCUUAGCAGACGACUUGGGGAUCUUGCCGGACAAACAUCUGAUUUGGAUGUGUCUUGUCCAGACACUUUUGCUCUCUCAACCCUGGCCUACGAGAUCUUGUGUGACAAUGUUGUGUACAACGCUCGACUUCUUCGACUGCUCCUAAAUAUUUGUCUUUCUCCUCAGCUUGCGCUUCAUAUCCAGGCGUUUGUGGCCAUGGAAACUAUGAUCGAGGGAUUCAUGCAUGCGUGUGGUGUAACAAUAAAAGAAAACUUAGAUUUUGAACGCCGACCAGCUUAUCAAAAGAAGAAAAAUAAUGGAAAAAAUAUUUAUCGAAAGCGCUUGAAACAAGGUUCUGGUACUAGCUUUUCCUUCGAAAGAGUAUAUUCUGAGUCUGAAUCUGACGCAUGUUACUCUUCCGACUCAAUUGAAUAUACUCGAUCAAAAGAUUUAAGCUCUGGGUUGAGUGCUUUUGAUGCCCAAACCAACACACAUUAUAACCGUGAUCGCGUACCACACCUUCAAACUCACGCUAGCCGAAGCAUUGCAAUUUUAGCCGUCUUGAGUGUUAUUGAACACUCUCAAAUCUUACUGCUUAGAGCUGUCAAUCAUCAAUCCAGCAGCAACGCAAUCUACUCGUUUCCCCGUCGCCAAGAGGUCAUGAGUUUCAUUCGGAUCCAUAAGUUAGUCAACAAGUCCAUUUGCAAGCUUCGAGAACACUCUUGGGAAACCCGAAAAGUGAUGUUGAAAGCGCUUCAUAUAUUUGACUUGGGUCUGCGCAUUGGCAAAGCAUGUGGACUUUUGCGAAAGGGUGAGGGUCCUGAGCUCGAUCUUUUACGUGAUGCAACAAGCUGGAUUUAUGAAUUUUCGGUGAUGUCAACACUGGCUAGUCGGACGUGGGCUGAUGAUUUGAAAAAUGCAGUCCAAGACUCUGGGACCAAAAUGAAGGUAUCUGCAACCUUGCUAAAGAUGGAUAUUUUCUUUAUACAAGUACCAAAUACCGUUCAAAUGUGGCUUAAAGAGCCUUCGGUGUGCGAUGAGAUAAAGCAGCGGUUUAAAGCACUCGUGGUGGUUGUGAAAGAAAGUAUUGCCCCGACCAACCAAAAACGUUUUUGUUCUGGAAAAGCAAAAAGUCGACGGCGUCAGCUUGGUGUUGUCUCAAUGAAAAUGGCGCUGAUGCCUUUGCUGAUUUGGAAGAUUUCAUCGAGUAAAAUUAUGGGACAAGGUUUUGUCGAAUGUGGCGAUGUUUUGAUCAAGUGUUAUACGCCGCCCUGCACAAGUAAUGCAGAAUGGGUCGCUGUGAAAAUCUAA